CUCGCACAUACUCGACAUAAGCGAGGCCGCUGACAGACGACGAGCAGGAUGGAGGAGGAGGCUCCAUCGCGCCGAUCUGUGGCUGAACUGGCUGGAAAGUUUAAAGGUCCUGCUUCUCCUCAUAACACUGCGGCAAACCAAACAGAUAAACCGGUCAGAAGACGACCUCCUCGAACCUUACAGAUCCCAAAAACACAAACAGAUGAACAGGAGACUCCAGGUGCAACCUCUCCUUCACCUGCCAAAGCCAAGAGGAACUCUGCUCUGAUUGAGAAGCUUCAGGCUAACCUCGUUCUCUCACCAGCUGCCCUCGCUCCAUCCCCUAAGAGUCCAGGUUUCAGACUGUUUCCUCCCGCCUUCACGCCAAACUCCCCCAGCUCUGCCCCUGUUACCUCGGUAACCACCCAGUCAGCCUCAGACACUCCCACCAGCCCCAUCGCUGCGUCACCGCUGACCGAGGAAGGCCCCACCUCCUUUGAAGAUCCUCCCACUGCGGCAGAGGGGUCCAUCUUGACCAGCAUUAACAAGAACAGAGCUCGGCACUCCAUCCGGCGACGCCCUCCAUCCCGCCGCCACAGGAAGUCCAGCAGUGGAGAAGAAGCAGGUGAGACAAAAGAGGGAACGGAUACGACCCACUGCUCACCGAGUGAACCAGAAAAUGAAAUAAGAGUAGAAGGAGGAGGAGAAGGAGGAGAAGGAGGAGGAGGAGAAGAAGGAGAAGGAGGACGGGGAGGUGAGGGUUUCAAGAAAGAAGACGAUACAGAGGACAUGAAGGACAAAGGUGAGACAGAGUCACUGACGUGUCCUGAAAAAUCCGAUGUAGAGGAGCAGUCAACAAACAACAUGCAAGAAAAAGAAGAAGAGAAGAAGAAUGAGGGAGAGGAGGGAGAUGAAGCUUCAUCAUCAGAAAAGACCGAUGACAAAAGUCAGGAGGAAAAAGACUCCGGAGGAAAAAGUGAAGAGGAUCAAAUCCAAGCAUCAACAGAAAAAGAAGAAAAGAGUGAGGUGUCGAGUUGAGCCCGGUGAGGCAUCGGUCUCUCAUCUGAAGUCCACGGUUCUGGGAGGCUGACCCUGAAGAGUCUGUGGAGUUGGACUGUAAUGAUCCGCAGCAGAAGUCACAUGGUUUCUUAAGUCUCUGAACCCAAAGAAACCAAAGGACACUUUUGUGAAUUUUACUGAAGGUGCAGCUUAUUAGAGCACGAAGCUGAAAACUAAACUCCACUGAUGUGAAUUUAUUUUUACUAAUCUUUGAUCUUCUCAUGCCGUAACGCUGGAUUUCUGGUCUUUUUUUGUAUGAAUGUAACAUAGGGUUUUUUUUUUAAUGACGUUUUUUGCUGCUUGGUGCCUUCAGAACUGUGAUUAUUGAUGAGUAUCUGGUGCCUUUAUUGUAUUUAAAGCACUGAUGUUUUUGAGAAUGUGAAAUGUCAUCAUUGAACAGAUGUUUGUCCUGCUAAAAUAAAACUAAAGCCCUAUUCUAAUUUUUUUUAUUAUUAUUUUUAAUUUAAACCGUUAUUUGCUUCUGGUUGAGUGUUUUCUAGUUUUAUGCAAAGGCUUUGAAGUGAAGAAAACUUUCAAGCAAAUAUUUGUGCUUAAAACUAAUAUUGAAACAUUUUUUUCUACA